AUAUACAUAUCAAUAUGUAAAUUGUAUAUAUUAGACAUAAAUCAGUGCUGGUUUUAACAAAACUGGCGCCCUGGGUAAGAUUAUCGUGGCGCCCAUUCAGUCCGUUCGAAAUUCUUGAGAAAGAAAAGAUAAGGUAGUAAUAUGGUAAUAAUAAUCUAAACGAAUAUAAAGGAAUGAACACAUAUGAAAAUUCAGAAAACUUUCCUUUAGCUUUACCCAGAGCUAACGACGUGGACGUAGAAAGGUUUGUAGCUCCUUUUUUUGUUUUUGUUUUUUUAUUUUUUUACAUUUUUUAGAUUUUUUUAUCAUUUCCAUUUUUGUAUUUUUUAAUUUUUUGCCGGUUCUCUAGAGGACAAAGAUUAAACUAAAUUAAACUUAAACUUAAACUACUAAACCUAAACUAAACUUAAAUUAAAGUUUUCGAAGAUUACGGAAAUCUAAUAAAAGUUUACUUUUCGAGCCUUUUUGUCGGCGAACACUCGAAUCAAAUUGGCAAAAUCUAAGUUUUCGGCAAUUUCAUUUUCAAUUGAAAGAGUAGCUAAGUUAGUAAGUCUUGUUUGUGAAAUCGUUGAUCGUAGAUAUGUCUUUAUUAAUUUAACCCAUUAACGCCUGAAAGUCCAAAAUUUUCUGCUUACUUUCGAUUCUCUUGAAUGCCUAUUAAAUCAUGGGCAAUUUGACCAACAAUGUAUAUCCUACUAUUUUUGGGUAUGCUCUUUCCGAAUUCGUCGUUAUAUUUGAGUUUUGUCGAUGUGGAAAAAAAUAUGGCUGUCUUAAUAAAAAAAAAUAUGAAAAAAACAGUAUUUUCGAGAAAAAAUCUCUGUUUUUGGAAUGGGAUGGGAGUAGAAAUGAAGUUAAGACCCCGCACCGAAAAAAUUGUAUUCUUGAAAUUCAUACUUUAUAAAUUAUUCUUAACGAAUAAGAAUAUUUUCUUAUUGUUUAGAAUAUCCUCUUAAUAUGGCGCAUGCGCGACGUUCGCGCCACAGAGAGACUAGAUUUGGUGCGUCACUGCGCCGUGCGUGUCGAUACGUGUUCAAGCGAAACACUACAUUUUGUUUGGUGCGUGUUUUGAUCGGCCGGUCGAUGUUGGUCCCCUUUUGUCGCUUAAUAUGUCGUUUAUCCGCUCAUGUUGUUUAUUGCUCGUGAUGUUCGUAAGUACAUGUGCAGUGUAAUCCUGCGUUCGUAUUUCUUGAGAAAUGGAGGAAGAAGUAGCCAGGUGGCUUAAAGAAGGAGAUCUGAGCGACUUGAAGGAGAUAUUUAUGAGUAAGUAUCUUAGAUAUUUGGAAUAGAAGAUUCAUGAAUCCUAUUAACCUUUCUAGAUAUCUCUCGAUAGUUUCCGAUUUGCAUGCCGAUUCUCUAAUUUCGUAACAACGAUAUCACUAUCGUUAUCCAAUGAGAUAUGACUUGUCGAUCGACGUCGGUUUGAUGAUUUCGAUGUCAAUUCGGCAUCAUUUCGACGUCGAUCGACGAGUUAUUUCUUAUUGGGUUAUAUGUCGUUAUACAGAUAAAACGUAUCAAAACAUAGCUGAGCAACGACACGAUAACGAUAUUGUCGUUACGAAGUUAGAGAAUCGGCACGCACAGGAAACAAAACUUUCUUAUUUUUUCCAAAUAUGCCUCAUUAAAUUUUAUUUAUAAUAGUUUAACCUUUCUACACAAUGUCUAAUCUCACUACCCAUAAUCUAAUCUAUAACUAUUCAUAUAUUCAUACAUAUAUUAUAAUAUAUUCAUGCCAUUUCAAACACUUUUUAAUUUUCUUUUAAUUGGUUAUCUUUAAUUGGUAUUUUUUGGUGUGUUUAAAAAUGUUAGGAUAUAGAUGUAACUCCAUUCAAAGUGCGAUUUUUUUUGUGUAUUUAGUCAUAUAUUAAGAAAAAAGCUGCUGAAUCAAAAGAAAAUUUCUCUGUGUAAACAUUGAAUAAUAUAAAAUAUGAUUGAAAGAAACAGUAAAUAUAGUUCAGUUAGCCAAACGUGAAUAUUUUGCUGGUUUCAUUCAAGUAAAUAUUUUGCUGAUAUAAGAAAUAUUGAUUGAAAUAAUUACCAUAAUAUUAUAUUGUAUUUUAUAUUUAACGUAAUUAAUGUUUAAAUAAGAUUACUAUAUUUCUUAGAGCGACUAGAUAUUUUAUCUGUUUAGGACAAUGUAAUUUCGCUCAAAAAAUCCAAAUUUAAAUAAAUAUAAAUACUUCUUAAGUAAUCUUGAAUCAACCUAUUAACUAUAUUUUUUUUAUUUUCUUCGACAUGCGUUUGGAUUAACUAUACAUUAAUUGGCAUAAUAAAGUUUAUUAUUUGCUAGAUUCAACAUAUCAACAAAAAUAUAUUAUUUUAAAUUACACGAAUUUGUUUAUAUGACUAUAUACUUGUGUUUUCAAUACAAAUAUUUUAACUGAAUAAGUAAUUGUGAAUUAAAUAUUUAGUCAGGUUAACUAUGUUUGACAGUGCAUGUUUUAAAACAGAGUUGUGUUUGUAUUUCGACAUUAUUGAAUGUGUAAAAUAUUGUGUUUUCUCUUUUUGCCAAAACUGUUGCACGUUUUAAUGCAAGUUGUUACUUUUCUUUCGUGUUUUUCUUAGAUCAAAAAAUAAAUAGCAUGAGAAGAUUACUCGCUUUAAAUGAAGAAUUAAUAAAAGAAUUAAUUCCUCAGAUAGGAUUGCGAGCAGAUUUUCUUUGUAGUUGGAAGCGCUUAGUAAGUGUUGUUCAAGAAGAGGUAUUAUUUAUCAGCAAAGCAUUCUAACUAAUUUUGCAUUUUAAUCCUUCCUUAAUAAUAAACACUUUUAUUAUUAUUUUAUUUCCUAUACAUCAUAUGAUCAUAUCAAUGUUAAAUUAAAAUUAAUGCUCAUGAGUUUUAUUUGCAGACUCCUAAGAAGAUCCCUUCAGUAAAAAUUAUAGACGAUAUACCACUACUGAUAGAUUCUAUACCUAUUUUUCAUGAAUGUGAUAUAUCUGAAGUGUCUGAAUUAUCUGAGGUAUCUGAAGUAUCUAAAGUAUCUAAGGAACUUACUUUGGUAAGGUGAUAUACUUGAAAUUACAUAAACACUUUUAUUAUUAUUUUAUUUCCUAUGGCUUAUAUAUAUAUAUAGAUACAUCAUAUGAUCAUAUCAAUGUUAAAUUAAAACUAAUGCUCAUGGGUUUUAUUUGCAGACUUCUAAGAAGACCCCUUCAGUAAAAAUUAUAGACGAUAUACCACUACUGAUAGAUUCUAUACCUAUUUUUGAUGAAUCUGAUAUAUCUGAAGCGUCUGAACUAUCUGAUGUAUCUGAAGUAUCUAAAGUAUCUAAAGUAUCUGAGGAACUUACUUUGGUAAGGUGAUAUCUAUACUUGAAAUUACAUGAAAACUUUAUAACUAUUUUUUCAUUGAGUGGAUACCACUAUUUAAAAUGUUUUAUUUAUAAAAUUCUGACAUCAAAAUGCAAAUGUUUCGAUUAAAGUGAAAAAUUCUUCCAUGAUAAAUAAAAUAUAUUUUAAUUUUUUCCAAAGCGAUUCUAUUAAACAUUGCACAGAUUUAGAUGUAGAAGAAAUACCAUCAUAUUCAAAUCGUGAUUCGAUGCAAGAAAAUAAAAGAAAGCGAUGCAAGAAGAUAAAUAAAGGUGUAUCCGUUGAAGAAAAUUGUAAACGCAGUCGACACAUUAUAUCUUUUAAAUCACUUGAAGAAUUAACAGCUUUGGACUUUGAGAAUCUUCUGAAAAAUCACUCCUUAAAAAGUAAUGCCGCUCUUCAGAAUUUUCAGAAAAAUGGAAUGCUCACUGAUUUAGAUAGAUCCGCCAUAACUGAAGCUGUAGCUAAUGCCAUUCUCCAGUUGAAUCACUUGCCGACAGCUUCAGAAUAUAACAUUGCAGCAACUAAGCUCUGUGAAUUGUUUCCGUGUGAAACUAAGGAAACGUAUUAUUGUCCACCAGCAGGCAACCAUAGAAAUGCAUCAGGAAAACUUCCCGAUAAAAUUAAGAAUAUAAAGUAUCAGGUCAAGAAAAGAGCUGCUAGUUCUUGGGCAACAUCUCGUUCUGAAUCUUUUUUUGUUCCGAGUGAAAAUAAAAUCACACAUCCUGCAAAGUUUGCAGGAAGUUGUGAUCCAAACGACUCUGCAGUUAAAACUGCAAUCGCUCGUUUAAAGUAUGACAAUAUUGAAUCUUGGCCUGAACUUUUGCGUUCUUGGUCAGUGACACAUCCUUUGCGCUUUCAGUAUCUUAGAGAAACCAGACCGAUAUCGCAGAGGACAACGUGCUCUGUCCAACAAUCAGAAAAGUCUGAUGUUUUAGUAAAUGAUUAUUUCAAAAAUUGGAGCGUGCUUACACUGCCUAAUGGAUAUCUACUGAUUCAGCAAGAUUUUAAAGAAUUAUAUCCUGGAAGAGAAGAUGGUUUGAUAUCAAAGUGGGAUUCAACGAAAGAAGUCUUAAUUAAUUUUCUUAAUAUUGAGAUAGCCAAAUCGGAUGAGUAUGGGAGGAAGUUACUUACAGAUUUGAGUACUACAGAUACAGACAAAAGUGAUGUAAUUUUAUUUCAUUUACUACCAUCACUUUGUUGUAAAAGGACAAGAGGUGCGAGCGUGAGCGUACCAUCUGUCGCAGAAGCUAGGAAGACUUUUAUUCUCCAUGUUCUUGUAACUAUCAUUUGUAAUAAAUAUUUCUAUUUUAUGAUAAUAAUGAUGUACAUGAACUCAUUAUUUUCAAAAAUAUUUUUACAGAUCCCGGGAGAUUUAAAUCGUGAAAUCAAGACUCAUAGUGAGUGGCUAGCAAAUCGUGGAUUAAACUUGCAGCCGACGUUAAUAUUUGUUGGACCUACUUUAUUGAAUAUUACUGCCAGUUAUGUUCAAAUAGAUACUGUGCGGUAUAAACUUCGCACUCCAUUAAAAGCUCUGGAUACAUGUUUCAAGGCAUUUCAUGCACUGGAUGCUGCAUACCAAGAGGAGUACCGAGCAGUGUAGCUUUUUAUCCAGAAGUAUUUUUAUG